UUUUUUUUUAUUUGCAUCAUGUCAUGGCUGGCAUGAAGCUUGAUUGCUUUUCUUGCGAAAGUGAGCUUGGUUUUCUUUGAAAGGGGUGAUUUCCGUCACUGUUAUAUCUUUUAUUUAUGUUUUGUUAAAGAAUAAUAUUGGUGUUUGUUCUACCAAUCAAAAGAAUGCCAAUCCGAUAUAUUAAAGUCAUGUUUCGGUUGUAAUAUAGAAAGGUUUUCUUCACAUACAAAAUGAACGACGGCGACUGGAUAUGUACCGAUGCAAAUUGUGGCAAUAUCAACUUCGCGCGCAGAGUUUCUUGUUACCGGUGUAAUAAAGAGCGACCUGAUGGAAAACCGUCUAAGAAGAAACUUGGGACAGAGAUUGGGAAGUCUGCAGCGGAUAAAUCUAGAGGAUUAUUCAAUGCGGACGAUUGGCAGUGCAAUAAAUGUGCAAAUGUGAAUUGGGCCCGGCGACAAACAUGCAAUGUGUGCAAUGCGCCAAAAUUUGGUGAAGUGGAGGCGCGCACUGGAUACGGCGGCGGGUAUAACGAGCGUGGCGUUGUGGAAUACCGCCGCCGAGAGCCUUCCUCCGACGACGAGUAUGACGAGUUUGGCAGAAAGAAACGCAAGCGCAAGAAUGAUUCCCAGGAGAAGGUUGGCAUCACUGAAGGAGCAGUAUUCAAAAAGUUGGCAUCAACAAUGCUGCAGAAGGAAUCAAAUAAGGAACGUGUUAUGUCUGUCACUGCAAACAUGUCACUUCCAAAUAAAGAAAACAAAACAAAUGGCAGCCUUAGCGAUAACAUGUGUGAACCUCCCGUGCUUACUAAAAGUGGAAUUAAAAAGAGUCAACAAAAUCAACCGUAUAACAAACAGGAACAUACAUUGCCUACUAACAAAUCCAAUGGAGUUAGAUCAUGUAAACGUAAAACAAGUGUAGGUGACAUAGACAAUGCUGGAUUAUUUGGAUAUAAAAAUGCAAAAAAGUCCAACAAACUAAUUAGUGCUGAAUUAUCUGGGUUGAAACCUUGCAACCCAGUUAUGGAGAAUAGAGUUACCUCCACAAAUGGUGAUAAUGUUAUGUAUAAAUUUACGGGAGCCACACCAGCCCAAGAUUUCAAUGUCACUUAUACUGUGGAAGAAAGAGUGAGAGCAGCUGCUUAUGCCAUUGCUUACAAUAAUUGCAAAAUCAGUACAGAGAGAUUUGAAGCUAUUUAUGAUAAGCCAGCUCCUGAUUUCAAAACUAUAUUCGGCUGGAGGCAAAGGUUAAUGUUGACAGGUUGCUUGGUAGAGUCACAUUUGGAUAUGAAAAAAGAUGAAAAUGAAAAGUCAUCAAAUAUUGAAGAGUCAACACCACCUCAAGAAAUGAAAUCUACCAAAGUAUCAGGUGGUAUAAAGUUGCCAAAUCCAGAUGAAAUACUGAUACCAUCAGAUAGUGACAUUGAAAGCACAAAUUCAAGCCCUAAUAAGAGCAAGGUCUUGCCCUCAUCAAUGCCAAGAACCAUUAGUGCUGAAACCUUGUUAAUUUGUGAAACAGGCAGGGAACAUGGUACUGCUGCAAGUUCUGUGAGUACAAUCGAUGACAGACCAUCAGUUAGGGAGGGCAGGAGUCAUUCCCGUUCAACACAUCAACAUACUCGAUCUAGUUCUAGAUCAAGUCAAGAUUCAAACUAUCCUGACAGUGAUUUUGAAAAGUUUGACAAAAAACACAACUUCAAAAAACAGUCAAGCUCAAAAUCCAGCCAGUUGCCAAAAAUAUCUAUGCAUGACUCGGAUUCUGAUUCAAUAUCAUACCACAGUGAAGAUGAAGACUUCCUUUCAAGAGUAUAUGGAAAAGGUGAUACCAUAAAAAAAACAGAUAAUGUAGCCAGUACUUUAAAAAUUACUAAUCCAACUUCUAAUGAUGUUCAAUGUUUUCAAGGAUACACUACAAUGAAACCAGCAGAACAGUCACCAUUAGUCACUGGUAAUAUCUACAGGACUUUGCAAAACAUGACUCCAAAAACUCAAGACAACACAUUACUGGAUACUGAUGGCUGCUCGUCUGAGUAUGUACCAACAAAAGUAGGAUCUUUCACUAAGAAAAAUUACCAGGAUUUCAAAGAUAAUGUUAAGAAGAAAGGAUUUUGGGCCAAGGGUAAUGGAACUGCUAUUAGAAGAAACUUCAAUAAUUUUCCAAAUAAACCUACUCCUUCACCCAGGAAUAUAGUAAGCACUCCAAUUAAAACAGUUCCAGUACAAAAUAAUUUAAAAUCAGUGGCUAACUUGUCUCUUAAUAAACCUUGUAAAGAAUCAUCAACUACCACUUCAUGUUAUACAGCUACUACAAGUACGUAUACAUCAUCAGCACAAAGUAUACUGCACCCUUCCAUUGACUUCACUAAAGAUGAUUUGACUAUUGACAAUUCUGGUGAUAAAUAUUUACCCUUUGAUGAACUAUUACUACCCAAUAUACCUAAACCUAAACCAUCUGUGAAAUGUACUGAAAAUACAGAGCGUAUCUUCGAAGUUGUACAAUCAAAUUUUGCACAGAAAAAUAGAAGUAUAAUGGAUAUAUUUGAUACAGAUGUAGAGCCUCAGAAGAGACCAGAAGAAAAUAACGAUUUAGAGAAGUAUGACAAUGUGAGGAGAAUGUAUGAAAGUGCCUGGGAUGAAGAUGAUGAUGCUUUGUAUAAAAAUACUGAUACUUUAGAAACAUUCGGUUCUACGAAUCCUUGUGCUGCUUCUCCUUUAAGUGUUAAUUCGUGUAGAACGCAAAGUCCGACCUCAAAUAUGUUAUAUGCUGUGGACAAUGAAUCUAAUUUGAUUCCAGAGAAUACAAAUUUGGCUAACACUUUUAAAGAAAAACAAGACAUGUUAUUAGACUUAUUGAAAGACUUUCAAAGUGACAAAGUGAAGGAAAUAUGUGAUUUUAUUUUGCCAUUUCAAAAGACUGAUUCAAUAACACAACCAUUGUUGGCUGGUAAUAAUACAAGUGUUCAAGAAAUUUGUUUACCAAGCAGCAACGAAAUAACACUUCCGCCAGAACCGGGUCCAUUCGACACAGUUGAAAAACUAUGCGGUGGGGCCAAGAUACAAAAUAAAUCAAAUCAUAACACCAUAAGUCCAUCAAAACGAGUCGAAGUCAUUGAGUCUGUUACAAUUGUUCCAAAACAAAAUUUUUUUGCAGCAAUGCCAGUACCAUCAAGUCAGGAACAAAGCCAUCCAAACAAUUUAACUCAAACUCACACAAGUGGUAACUCUCAAAAUAUUCGUGAUAAAUCUAGAUCACCAGAAAAAUCGGUAGAGCAAGUUGCACCAGUAUCACAAGUAGAUCUAACCAAUAUUUUAUCUGGCAUCAACACAAACACUCUUUUAUUAGCAUUGCAAAAUUUGCAACAAUUGACAAAGAACACACCUCUUGAUAAAAGUGUAUCUCAAGAAGAAGAUAAUGCCCAAAAAAAUGUAGAACAAAAUGUGCAGUCAGUAGAAACUAUUAAUCUCAUGAAUGACGAAUGGGAGAAGGAUUCUAACAGAGAUGGCAGCAUAGAACGGGAGUUACAAAAGUUGGAUGGGGAUACAGACGUCACUCCUUUUUUAAGUGAUAUUUUUGACCCUGGCCCUGUGGUAAUACCGCCCACCGUAGCUAAAAAACUCAACAUUAAUAAACCUGAGGAAAACAGCACAGAAAAACAUACGCCCCAUAUUAACGAUAACGCGCCUGUUAUAGGCAAUUUUAAAAGCUUCGCCUUGCCAAAACCUAUUUUACUCAAUAGGCUUAAAUUGACCGUUAAAACAAAAGAAACAGACAAAAACUCCCAAAAAGUUGAUGGCAAGGCGAAUAGGACAAUGAAAAAGAGUAAACCUUCAGCGGCAUCCGGCGAGGGAGGUGACCAGGAGGAGGACGAAGAAGAAGAAUCUGGUGAUGAAGCCGAUCUCUCCAAAUACGAUUUGUGGGGUGGCGAAGAAGAACAAGGCAACUCGUCUAAAACAGACAACAAUGUUGAGGGCAGAGAAGGCGAGUCUUCGAAAGACGCUGUCACGCAGGGUAGUGAUAAAAAUGGAAAAACGACAUCGCCUGACACAAAAAGUAAACGAAGGUCAAGGAGUUCCUCGUCUUCGUCGAGCUCAUCUUCUAGCUCCAGCUCUAGCCACAGCUCCACACAAGCACCUAAAAAUAAAUUCGACGAUUUUAAUUUGAACAGCGAGCGCGAAUUGUCGCCCAAAGGCCGCAAGACGCGGUCGCGUUCGCGUUCGCCGCGCUCGCGCUCCGGCGGGCCCGCGCGCCGCAAGUCCAGGGACAGCCGCUCCGCCGGCGAGUCGAGAAAUCACGAUUCGACGCGUGAGAAGGAGUGGACGCGCGACCGGGAGCGACGCGACAAGUCCCGCGGCAGCCGCGAGGACCGCAAGGAGCGGCGGUACAGCCGCGAGGGAAACCACUACGGCGGACGCGGCCGGCACCGCUAAACCACAACAUUGUUACUCAUAUAUAAUGAUUGUUUGUUACCCUCAUGGAUUACCUCCAGUAAAUACCACAUUAUAUUCCAGCCAGGGUGAUAGUACGGGUAUGGGAAGCAAUUGAACUGGUACGCGGCUUACGGACACUCCUAAUAGUAUACUUAAAUGAAGCAUGAUAGCACAUGCAGAGAUAUUAACAGUACUCGACGCAUUGUAUCAUAUUCCAUCGCCAAUGGUUUAGCUCAUAUUAAUUGCGUCCUUUAAUUGCACUAUCAGAGCGUUUCGUGUCUGCCCUUCAUUUCAUUUGAAUAUUAUAAUUAUAUGUAAUAUAUCUAAAAUUUAAUGCAAAAUGAUUUUAGAAAGAAAAAGCACCCUGGAUAAAGAAUUUGUACUAGAAUGUACAGUUGUAAUGUGGUUACAUGGAUGUCACUAAUGAGGUGUCAAUUGAAGGUAGUUUAUGGUUGAUGUUGAUGUGGCGCUGGAUCGUUUUAAAUUAUUUUAAGAUUGUUGUGAUCAUCCAUAGAGAAGGUAACGGGAAACUGUUAUGAGUCACUUAAAAUAGCGAAGGCGCAUUCUUUCCUGUGAACGCGUAGAAUGUGGGUACUCUCCACUCGGGAUUGUUUUUACGAUCCAGCACGAAAUGUAAGUUGAGGGAAUGGGUUAACUGUUAACUUGCGGUUAUAAAACCACAAGUUACCUAAUCGCCACGGUUAAUUAGGGUUGACCAAUAUAGGGGGGGAAGUAUAGUAUCAUAAACAAAUAUUAAUUUUUGUCAUCAGACCGUGUGAAAUCAUUGUCCGAACUCUGUUAUGUCGGUUUACAAGUUUUAAAUCUUAUAUUAUUUUACUGACGUCUCGUGUGGCUUUAGUGAGGUGUUGACAUUGACGGAAUUAAAGACUAAUCGAGGAUAAUAAAAAUAUAGAAGUGUUGUUAUUUGGUAAACCAAAUGUAUUAUUUGCUUAUUAUUUUAAUGAUCGUUGCAUUUUCGUGUCACCGAAACGGCAAUAAGGACUUCAUACAACUGUCGCAACUAAGUUCAAUCAGAAAUAAGAUACUUGUCGGACGCAGUUUGUGACUAACUUCGGGUACAUCACUAACAUUUUCAAACAGAAUAAAAUAGGGUUGUUUUUAUUAACUUUUUUCACAUAGUAUUGUCUUAAUUAAAUGAACAGCAUUUGCGGAGUUAUAUGUUAAACAUGUUUAUUAUUAAAUAUCUAUAAAAGCGUUGAUAAUGUAACUAACGUGGUAUAGAAUAAUUAUGAAUGUAAUUAUAUUUUAGUUGCCUCACGUAUACAGGUGUCGCAGUGAAUUGUGGUUCAAUAUUUCCAUCCCAAAUAAGAUGAUAUGUAACUAACUGUACAUGUAAAACUUCAUACAAUAUAUUAUGGGCCGUAUUAAUACAUGCAAUUCAGAUUCGCUCUGAAGUGCGAUAUCAGCUCAGACGUCAAGUUUAAGUCAGCAUCUUAAGGUAGUCUUCAUUAAAUAAAUACGUUAACAAUAUUGCAAAUGAUAUCUCACAAUUUAUUAAACAGUUCCGACUCAGCUUACAACAGGUGUUUAAAUAAAAGUUCAAGCUUCGUUUUUUAAUAGUUUAAUACCUUAAAUGUCUUCUCAAGAUUCUACUUAAAGGUGAGAUUGAUUCAUCAUAACGGCCGUUAGUCCCUUUGAGUGAUUGUACUUGUAAAUUUGUGUGGAUCUCGGGUGGGUAAAUAAAUUUUCACAUUGUAGGACCUACUUUUAGAGGUUAUUUAGUGUAUACGUGUACGCUUAUGUUAUUUUGUCAAGAUGUUUGUUCAAAGAUGACAUAUAAAACGCUGAAUGGAUUGGAGAAAAUUUUGGCAAAGGGAUAGACUAACUAACGUCCGUUUUCAAUAAACGAUCUCAAUGUUAACUCGAUCCGAUCUCGAGAACAAAUCUAUCAAAAUAAAUAAUUUGUAAACAUGACAAAAAUAUCUUUGUCCUGAUGGGACGAUUAGCGCGAUCGAUCGAAAACAAAAAGAGAUUGGGAUUGUUUAUUGAAACCGACUGUAAGUGAAUAUAAAAAAAUGUUAUAUACGAAAUCUUUUACGUAAUAUUAUCAUAAGUUACAAAUCGUUCUUAUAUUGUAUUAAAUGGAGUUCUACAACACCUGUAUAGUAACAAGCCUGUACAUAUGCCAAACGCGCUUUCUUAGAAUUAAGGUACCUUUAUAAUAGACAGGUGAACCUGGGUACUGUUGGAAUUAGUUUUGGGUUCACAGCUUAACUAUAUAUCUGAUUUUCGAUGUGUUACUAUUAAGAGCACAAUCAUUAUAUUAUGAAAAAUAUAUAGCAGACAAAUCAAAUAGUUUUGUCAAACCGUCAUCAAUUUACUAUUACAGUUCGGAUUGCUAGUGAUUUCAACAAGGUUUGCACCCUUAUUGUAAGUUACUUGAGGAUAAACCUAGUAUUGGCAGGAUGGAUACAAGAAAGGCUUGGAGGUCUAUUCAUGAAGCCAGGUCCAGAAAUGCGUUUCACGUAAUUCAGUAACAACUGUCGUGUUGGCUAAAUAUUAAAGAGGGCGAGUUAACAGGGACCCCAAAAAGGAAUUAUUUAUGGACUGGAUAUAAUAUAUUAAAGUUUCUGGAACUAUCUGAUGACUACACUUCAGAAAGAAUAGUUAGAUAAAAAAAGGAAUGGGCCAGAAUAUAGUUAAAAUAUGUAUGUAUAUAGAAUGGAGUAUCGGUCGGUGUCGAUGCCAGCGGGAACAGAAUUAGCUAGCGUUUUGUCGUAUUAUGUACAUAAUAUGUUUGGGAAUAACUUCUUUGUUAGGGCACCGAUUUUAAUAAUUUUUCGUUCGAGGCAUUGAAUUUUCUUCUUAUGGGACAUUGAGAUUUGAAGGUAGUCGAGGGAAGUGUUUAAAAAUAGGAAACAUCCAAUGACUGAGGAAUUAUAACAAUACCAGACCAUCUAUUACGUGCUGAGAAGCUACAAAAAGAAAUUUGAUAACGAUAAACAUCACGAAUGUAGAUUGAGCAUUGCAUUAGCUGUUUAGCCUGAUCACGAAAAUAAAAAUUGCACCAUCUUGUCGUAAACAUGGAAUUAACUUCUUGCACUGGCAAGAUUGGCUCCCGAAAGUAAGAUAUUUUAGUUUCCUGGUCAUGCUAUAAAAUAAAAUCAACCAGAAUAUGAGUUCUAAUGUAAAUGACGUACCUUUUUUUCAAUAAUUAAUGUAAAUGAGAAAAGUAUUUUUUCUUUGCAGUCGUUUUUGAAGCUGUUUUUAUAUAAAUUAUCAUCUAAUAAUUGUGACACGGCAAGAGUAACGCUGGCUUCACUCGUUCGGUUACGUGGUGCGCAAGAGUUGAACAGCUUUGUGGACGGCCGGAAAUUUAUUAUUAUUUGCCCAUUAUGGUUUUCUGAGAUAGUUCUUAUGUAUUAGUUUUAGUUGAAAAUACAUUCAUUUAGUUCUUUAAAAGCUUAAAUACAGACGUUUGGCUAAUUAUUGUAUAUUUGUAUGAAAAUGUAGAAAGAUUUAUUUUUUAUAUUAUGCUGAUUUAAUAAGCGUAUUAGUGGCUGUUUUAUGAGGUGUGGUUUUUAUCGAGGUCUGAGUUAAAGUAGUGUUUUGACUUUGUGUCAGAAUAUUAGUUAGCAUAAGCACUAUAGUAUGAUAACACAUUGUAUAAGAACAUAGUUCAUAUCAAGGCUAUUUCUUCAUAUGUUUUUAUUUGUGAGGAUGGUAUGUUUAUAGGCCGUUUUAUAUAGUAUAGUUUGAACCUAUAUCAUGUUUUAGGCUUUAUUUUUCCUAUGUGUGUAGUAGGAGUAUACUUCAGUGAUAAUUAAUAUUGCGGUCAGUGUGAUUAGUUAUUAUUUGCACUCUAAUGAUAUUGUUCUUUGAUGCUAGGCUUUCUCUAGUGUGAUAAAUAUAAUGGUUAUAAUUUGUAAAUAUUAAUAUUACACGAAUUAAUGAUGUGCUGCUAAGUGAAAUUAUGUAAAUUCGGCGACGUAAUGAAGGCAGAUACAGUGUGAAUGUAUUGAGAGCUCUGACAAGACAGUUUUAUUUUUCAUGUUUAGCGAUAAAAGUAUUUCUAAGCUAACACUGUACGGUAAUACAUUUACCAUUAAAACACUAUUAAGGUGUGG